AUGAUGACGAACCAAAUCGCGAGAGUUAUCACAAACUCUCGUAUGGAAUUGCCCCCAGAUGCCUAUAGAGUUGAACCCGAUGUAAGGGCUAAUAUAGAUUUCAAGAGCAAUUGGUCGCAAGAACUACCGUCUCGACCUGGAUUCAAUACCACUGGGAAAGCAAUAUCGAUUCUACUCAACCAGCAUAGGGUUACUCAAUGGACCCAGAACGACAUAUACCAAUAUGAUGUAAUUAACAUCGGAAGUGGCGCCGAGAAGCUUGGUAAGAUUAAAGCUGUUUGGAUGUCUAGACAGGUCCAAGAGAAGAUCCUACAAAUUAACCGUGGAUUCCCACUUAUAUGGGAUGGCAAUAAAAUUGCAUGGUCCUCUAAUCAAUUACCCGAACAACGUAUGACAGUCGACCUAGAUGCAGAAAAAGGACGAGCUGCUCGACCAGGAAAGUCACCUGACACCUGUUACGUUAUUAUACGACUUGCAAAAACAAUUCGUAUGGCUUCAAUAAAAGCUUACAUUGAAAAAAAGAUCGCUUUUGACAACACUGUUCUAGAAUCUAUCAAUUUUCUUGAUCAUGUAAUGCGACAGGGUCCCUCUGAGUAUUACACUCAGAUCAAGCGAUCCUAUUUUAGCCAGGGUAAUGUCUCGCAGAAGUUAGACGAUGUCGUUUACGCUAUGAAGGGUGUCUAUUCCUCUAUGCGUCUUUGCAAUACUGGGUCUACGGGUACUAAUUUAGCUACUGGGCUCGGUGUUAACGUAGACGUUGCCAAUGGAACUUUUUGGAUCUCUCAAGACAUGCAUCAGGCCGCCCGAAAUCUCUGCAAGGAACGUAACCGCCAGCUUCAAUGGAACGUAUUUCGUGAUUUACUACAACCUAUCCGCGAUCCUAAAAGUGGAAAGUGGAAGAAAUCAGAAGAUUGGAAAACCUUGCAGAAAAUGAGCAAGCUCAGGUUCACAGUUAAGCAUCGAAAAUCAAACGGGAAGUGGAUAGGGUUUACUUUUGCUGAAUCUCAAGGUGGAGCUCAUUCGAAGAACAUGUUUUUUUCUAUGAAAGAUAGGAAAUGUAAUCCUCCUCGUGAAGAAAAGAUCUCUGUUUUUGAUUAUUUUAAAAAAACUUACAACAUUACAAUUCAGUAUUGGGAUCUACCGCUGGUUAUAACUAGUCGUGAUGGAAUGUUUCCCAUGGAACUAUGUGUUAUAGCGCCAAGUCAGAGAUACAAUUUCAAAAUGACUCCAGAACAGACUUCCGCGAUGAUAAAAUUUGCAGUUUCACGCCCAAAAGAUCGAACUAUAGCUAUAAAGCAUGGAAUAAGUAUGCUUAAGUGGGAUAAAGAUAAAUAUCUAAACCAUUUCGGUAUUAAAAUUGACCCAAACAUGACGCAAACACAAGCUAGACUCCUCCCUGCGCCAGAUGUUGCAUUUGGGGCUGGCUCGAAGGUAAGUCCUGGUACAGCUGGUCGAUGGGACCUUCGUGGUAAGAAAUUCAUUGUCCCCAACCCCGAACCUCUUAAAUCUUGGGGAAUAUGUGUUCUUGCUAGUUGCUGUCCGGAGGCAACAGUUCGAAAUUUUCUGAAUACAUUUAUCCAGGUUUACACUAGUCAUGGAGGUAGAAUUGAAAACAAAAAUCCGGUUAUUUAUUUUCAAGUCCGAACUGAAACACUUCCGGACGCUGUUGCAAAUGUUAGAAAUGCUGCUGGUAAUCAGGCUAAACAAGUCCCUCAAAUUUUGCUCUACGUAAUUCCAAGCAGAGACUCGUUCCAAUAUGAACGUUUGAAGAAAAAUAACGAGAUCAGGUUUACGACGGUAUCACAGUGUAUGAAUGUGGCUCAUGUGCAAAAGGCACAACCUCAGUAUUGCAGUAACAUAGCCAUGAAAGUCAAUGCAAAGCUGGGUGGAACAACGGCGAAAGCUAUCUUCCCAGGCAUUCCAAAGAUUUUCACAAGUCCUACUUUAGUCAUAGGAGCUGAUGUGUCACACCCUAGUCCUGGCAGUCCCCAAGCUUCUAUGGCUGCAAUAACGGUCUCAAUGGAUGCUGAUGCUUGUAGAUAUGCUGCUGCUGUCCAAACUAACGGACGACGUGUAGAAAUAAUUGGUAGAAAUACUAUCGAGAACCAAAUGCUUCCACUUGUUAAUCAGUGGGUCAAAAAUGUUGGGCAAGGAAAACUUCCCACUCAAAUUUACUAUUUCCGUGAUGGUAUCUCUGAGGGUCAAUACAGUCAUGUUUUAAAAAAAGAGGUAGAUGUUAUGAAAGAGAUAUUGGAGAAAAAAUUUGGUUCCAUGGCAAGACAAAUUAAAUGGACUGUUACUGUCUGCUCCAAGCGUCAUCACUUACGAUUUUUCCCUAAAGAAGGGGAUAGACAAGCUGCUGAUCGAAAUAACAACUCCUUCCCAGGUACACUAGUUGAGCGUGACAUUACGCACCCCUUCGAAUAUGAUUUUUAUCUCAACUCACAUUCAGCAAUUCAAGGGACUGCUCGUCCAGUUCACUACCAUGUUAUAAGGGAUGACGCAAAGAGCUCUCCAAACGAUUUUCAAAAGCUUCUGUAUGGCAUGUGCUAUCAAUAUAUUAGGUCUACAACACCAGUAUCUUUGGUUCCAGCGGUUUAUUAUGCACAUCUUGCAUCUAACCGUGCCCGCGCACAUGAAGAUGUGUUUGCUUCAGAGGGUCCUCGUGGCGGCCAAAAAUUUGAGGAACUUAGACAAGAUGCAGCUAAUCAAGCUCCAACAUCUAUCACUGGCUCUUCUCAACUUCUAGAAGAGGUCAGACCUUUAGCACCCAUGGGAACUACUGAUAAUUUAGAGUCUAUGAUCAAGAUACGUACUGGGAUGUGGUAUAUUUAG